AUGACCAAGAACAACUUGCGGGCUCAUCUGGCCUGGCUUCUGGAACGUCCUGAUCCUCUAGAUGAUUUUGUAAUCCCAGAGGUUCCCCCGGAGGCGCAACCUGCCUCCACUGGCCCAGUGACCGCACCACUUCCCACGCCUCUUGAAGCGAAUUUUGGCCAAUCUACCUCCGACAGGCGCCCUACCGAGACGAUCCCCUACGCUCCGCGAGCUGCGGUACCUGUUAGUGACGAUGCCUCGGCGGAUGAUACGAUGGCUAUACUCCAACUCGCAUCUCCCCCACCUCGGAAUCGGCUGUACAGCAUACUAGACGCUGGCAGCUCAGUGGAUGUACCGGGGACUCCAGCGAACAAGGCUCCAAGAAAACGAGAGCUGUACAAGCCCGAGUCAGAAACUCCCAAGCCGAGAUUAAAGAAACGAAGCGUGACGAGUAUAACACCCCCGAGGAGUAGCCGCAGCUCAGAACGGCCAAGAAAACAUGGUAUCUUUGGCUCGGGGCUCAAGCAUGAAGAUAUCGAAUCCAUCGACCUUACGAAGGACAUUGAGCGUCAUCUGUCUUCUUCCAGCUCUACGUCGACAUUUGGAGAACCUCGCCGGCUAUGGAGAGAGGACUUUGCAUCUCGCGCCGAACCACAGAUCAAGGGUCACGGGAAGAAACGGAAAAGCAAUGAUUAUGAAGCGGAUCUUCACCCUCCAAAGAAGCUGUCCUCCCCAACUCCCCAAGGCCAUUCUUCCCCAAGGCGUUCCUUGGAAAAAGAAGGCUUAUCGGAAAAUUCCAGCCGCGCGAAUAAACUUGUAACGCCACGGGUUAUUAACGAUUCUGAAGAUGAUGGCGUUUACCUUGAUCUAAUGGACGAUGAUAAGAUAUAUCCAGACCUAUCCCAGAGGCAGGAUGAUCUACCCGUGGCCGAAACUCCCAGGGUAACAGAGUUGCCUCGGCCAAACUUGGAAUCAAGAGCAAGAAUAUCACCUCUACCAUCAGUCUCAAAUUCCCAACGGACGAUUCGAGCUAGUGAUGACCAAAUAUCCCCGUCUGUUAACCCGAUUUCUAGUGAAGGUGCUAGUUCCCUGAUUAUGAGGUAUCUUAACCUCUCCCCAAUCUCCUUGAGCUCGCUUGUGGAUAAACUCAAUAUUGAGAGGACGGAUAAGGCGAAAUAUGCAUAUGAUCUCAUCAUGGAAGGGAUCGAGAACCCGGAGAUGAUGCGUGAGGUUAGGGUUCUCGCUUUGAGAAUAAAAGCGGUAGAAGAGCUUCAACACAUACAUUCGGAUUUCUCUGCCGCCAAGCGAAAACAUAAUGCAUUAAAAUCAGCCCUAAUCCAAUGCAUUGAGCAGGAAGGGGAUGUCCCUGACAUCGCUAAGGUCGCCGAGAUCAGAAAAUUAUCACAACAGCUACAAGAACGCGAAACUAAGAUCAUCGGUCUAAUCAAGGAGGCCGAUAUAUUCAGCGAGGAGAGCAUAACCGCUUCUCCCAGCCCUCUGAGCUUGAAUCGGGAAACGAACCGUGCAGAUAAUUGGGCCAACACUCCGCGGUCUGACUCCAGGGACAAAGGACGGCAGUCCAUGUUCGCGGAAAAUUCUAGUAACGUUUAUACGCCAUCGGGGUCAACUCCCACAGCUACAACCUCCUUCAGAGAUCGAAAUAUCAGUGCAGCAAAGCGUGAAACAAGCUUACGCCCUCCAAUACCUGUGCCACACUGGUCACAAGAGCUGCCUUCCGGGGCCCCUAAGUUAAAGAAUGCCUCGAGCAGCUGUGAUCCGGAAGAAUUCGAUGAUGCGGAAGACUUCGUCGAUAUGUUGGGCGACGAACCAUCAUACUCCAGAGCGACGGAGGCACCUUUUUCUAGAAUUAUGGGACCCUGCCCAGCCCCUGAAACCGCGGCGGCGACAUUCGAUUCUGACUUCGAUGAUCAUGCCCUAUCGAACCCUUUUGAUGAUGACUUUGAGGAUUUUUUUGGUCCCCCUACCCCUAGGGAAGCGCCCCCUGCUCCCCGGGAACACCAGUUUUCAAACCGAGAGGUAUUCCGUGAAACUUCUGGAAAUCAAUCAAGACCACUGUCAACAGAUCACGGUAACACGAAGGAGGUGGGCACGAUGAAUUCAAUAGAGGGCCAUCCUUGGAGCAAAGAAGUUAAGGUAGCCAUGAGAGAAACCUUUCACCUCCGUGGAUUUCGCCCCAACCAACUUGAAUCUAUCAACUCCACCCUUAGCGGAAGGGAUACGUUUGUAUUAAUGCCAACUGGAGGAGGAAAGUCCCUUUGUUACCAACUACCCUCCAUCAUCAAAACGGGAAGAACAAAAGGGGUUACCAUAGUGAUUUCUCCGCUCCUCAGCUUGAUGCAAGAUCAAGUCGCACAUCUCCAAAAGCUUCAUGUCAAAGCAUAUCUAAUCAAUGGGGAUGUCUCUAAAGAGGAAAGAGCGAGUAUAAUGAGCAAUCUUCGGAGUCUUAGGGCCGAGUCACUUAUACAGUUACUCUAUAUUACCCCUGAAAUGUUGGCUAAAAGUGGUGCUAUGGAAAGUGCUCUACUUCAACUUCAUAGUAAUAACAAAUUGGCCCGUAUCGUUAUCGAUGAAGCACAUUGUGUCAGUCAAUGGGGCCAUGAUUUUCGGCCAGACUACACAGCACUUGGGAAAAUCAGAGGGAAAUACUCGGGUGUCCCUGUUAUGGCUCUGACUGCCACGGCAACCCCGAACGUGCAAGUCGACGUUAUACACAACCUCCGGAUGAAAGGUUGCGAUGUUUUCACUCAAUCAUUCAACCGCCCCAAUCUCACUUACGAAGUACGAAAGAAGGGAAGAACACAAGAUGCCCUUAAAGAUAUUGCCGAUCUUAUCACGACUGAUUACGCAGGAAAAUGUGGAAUAAUCUACUGUCUCUCCAGAAAAGCAUGCGAAAAAGUUGCAACGCAGCUUUGCACUGAAUUUGGCGUCAAAGCGAUGCACUACCACGCAGGGAUGACCUCCAAGGCAAGGUUCUUGGUCCAGCGGGAUUGGCAAUCAGGCAAACAUACCGUUAUUGUUGCCACGAUUGCAUUUGGGAUGGGUAUAGAUAAACCUGACGUGCGCUUUGUUAUUCACCACUCCAUGCCACAGAGUUUAGAAGGCUAUUAUCAAGAGACUGGAAGGGCCGGCAGAGAUGGCAAGCGGUCCGAAUGUUAUCUCUAUUACGCUUACUACGAUUCGAACACGAUACGUUAUAUGAUUAAGAAAAACGAGGACACCACCGAGGAGCAAAAGCACCGCCAACGCCAGAUGCUGCGGCAUGUCACUCAGUUCUGUGAAAACAUCACAGACUGCAGACGUGCUCAAAUUCUGGCGUAUUUUGAUGAAAAAUUCAAGCGUGAGGAUUGCAAUCGGACAUGUGAUAACUGCAAGUCAGACUUCACAUUCGAGAGACGCGAUUUCACAGACCACGCUGCUGCCGCCGUCAGGCUUGUUGAACAACUUGCGGAUGCCAAGGUCACAGUUCUAUUCUGCGUUGAUGCCUUUAGAGGCUAUCCACGCAACUCAGAGUAUUCACAUAUACCAGAAUAUGGCCAUGGAUCCAACCUUGAACGAGGCGAUGUUGAACGGCUGUUUCGAUUGCUGCUUUAUGAGGAUGCCAUCGAAGAGGAAAAUACUCCUAAUCGGCGGGGGUUCGCAGUUCAGCAUGUUAAAGCGGGACCCAAAGCAGAGCACUUUAAGAGCCGCCGCCACAAAACGGUUCUUCCAAUUCGAAUCACUCCUAAUACGACAACUAGUACAACCGUUACGAGACGGGAACCAGGCUAUACUGGUGUCCGAGCCGCAAGAGAAGAGUAUCCAGAAUCAACCAAUGUCUCUUCCCCCAUUCAAGAUGAAUCGCGUCGCCGCGUACGGAACCGAAGAAGCAAUAUCGAAGAAGUCGAAGCGGAUGACGAUAGUGAUGGCUUCGCUCCGAUUCGCGACGUGGGAAAGCCACCGCCGGCACGUCGUUCACAACUUGGCCCCCGAAUCACUGAUGACGGAAGCCGGUCCGGCCUAAGUGACCUUCGCGUGAUAAUUUUAGAUGAAUUCUUAUUGUUGGCAAAGGACGAAUGUGAUAAGAUCAAAAUGGACAAACAUCUCCGAGACCAGCCAUUCCCAGACGCAAUUCUCCGAGAAAUGGGGAUUCGGUUUCCUUCAACGCUGGACGAACUUUGUCGCAUUCGUAAUAUCGACCGUGACAAGGUCAGGCGGUAUGGUUCAAGAUUCUUGACCCUUAUCGCCAAUUCAAAAAGGCGCUAUGAAGAGAUGGCGGGAUGUUCUACGAGUAACGAACAGAAUGAAGCUAUUCACGAUCCAAACCAUGAAAACGUCGUUACCAUAAGUAGUGAUGACGAGAUGUAUGGUGACUGGAGUGAGAAUGAGCUAAACUGUGCUGAGGCGGUUCAAAAAGAGAGCCCGUAUUUUCCACCCGAUGAUGCUACCCCGUCAUUCAAGACAACAGGUUUGCUCCCUCUCCCCUACCAUAUCUACAACCCAUAUGCUUACCUUGGUUUAAAGUUUCCCAAUUCCAGUUCUCCGAAAAUACUGAACCUCCGUCACGUCAAACAAGUCAUUCAAGGCAAAAUUCGAGGUCACAAUACACUAACUCUAAGCGUUCACGCCCUGGAAAAUCAACCCGUGGAAGUAAACUCCCAAAUAGCAAGGCGAACAAGAAGUCUCAAGGUCCUAGGCCAGCGAGGAGAAGGUCUUCUCCCACAACUUCGCGACCCCGAAAUAAGUCAAAGAGCACCAACCCACGUACACCCUCUAUUGGAAUGA